UUGUAUCGCUCUCUGCCCUCUCCGACUUGCCACGAGCUGAAUCACACACCGCGCUCGCUUUCUGCUCUAGCAAUGGCAGCUCUAGCUCGUUUCUCCCGCAAGGCUAUUGCCUCAGCGGUUGCCACCAAUCAACUCCGCCGUGCUUUCUCGACCCAAGUGUCCAAAACGAUCACGCCCUCACCGGAUCGAGUCAAGUGGGACUAUAGAGGUCAAAGACAGAUAAUCCCGCUCGGUCAGUGGCUCCCCACAAUCGCCGUCGACGCCUAUGUUGCACCUAAUGUGGUUCUUGCCGGACAGGUUAAAGUCUGCGACGGGGCCUCUGUUUGGGCGGGUUCCGUUCUCCGCGGCGAUCUCAACAAGAUUACAAUCGGGUUUUGCUCUAAUGUGCAGGAACGGUGCGUCCUUCAUGCUGCUUGGUCUUCCCCAACAGGACUGCCGGCAGAGACAUCUGUAGAGAGAUUCGUCACAAUUGGUGCUUAUUGUCUGUUGCGGUCCUGCACAAUUGAGCCAGAAUGCAUUAUCGGGCAGCAUUCCAUCCUCAUGGAAGGUUCCCUGGUUGAGACCCACUCUAUUCUUGAAGCUGGGUCCGUGGUUCCCCCAGGAAGAAGAAUUCCCACUGGUGAACUUUGGGCAGGAAACCCAGCAAGGUUUGUCAGAACGUUGACCCAUGAAGAGACACUGGAAAUUCCUAAACUUGCUGUUGCAAUUAAUGACCUAAGCAAGGAUCAUUUCUCAGAGUUCCUUCCUUACUCACAAGCAUACUUGGAGGUUGAGAAGUUCAAGAAGUCUUUGGGUAUAACCAUAUGAUUCAGCCUGUCUUCUUAUCUUUGCAUUUUGUUUGUUGAAGAAAAUAAAAUAUCUCCAAAAGAUAAACCAGCUUUCAGAUUCCUUCAUUUGACGUUCGUUUUGCUGGCAUCGAGUUAGGAUCAAAUGAAUUUUCUUAGAUUGUAAGGUUGAUGUUUCUGUUAUCACCUGGAUUCCUCGUUCGUGGGUAGUUAAAAUCCACCAAUGACUUGUAAUCUCCGGUUGUAUGUUUUUCACUUAACAUUUAUAUGUUUGUUCCCAAUGAUGCAUCUGGGUUUUACAUUUGCCAUUUCCCAGGUACUAUUCAAACUUGGUUAAGAACUGGCUCUGUAAAUUUUUCAAGGAAUGUCUGACCACACGACAACGCCUUCCCUUCCA